UGUGGUUACUCAACACACUGCGACAGUGGGCCUUGAACGAAAGCUUGGCAAUAAGUAUCACCUUAGAGUUCCGUAGGACGUGAUGAACUUCCGCCGGGGCCGUUUCAAAUCAGAGUCCUCGGCCUCGGACUCCCUCGAUGGCGACUAUGCAUCCCCAGACGCCCGCCACGCGUCGCCCUCGCCAUCUUCAUUUAGCAACAUCAGCACGGCAGCAAACAUGGAGCAGUCAUUUGGCCAGGUCCAAGAAUCUCUCGAUCUUCCAACACGGUCAAGGUUCCUACCACAGUUCCGGAGCUUUACCUCGUCAUCAUCAUUUGGGGCCCGGUCUUCCACAAGUCCUGCACCUAGCCGCAGCGGUGUUACGGAGGACCCCUUGGGUCUACAAAUAGUGCAACCAGUCGAUGAGCCUGCUGGAGACAUAGUUUUUGUUCAUGGACUGGGCGGCUCCGCGUGGAGGACAUGGUCGUGGAACCGCGACACGGCGCUCUUUUGGCCGGACUGGCUGCCUGAAGAGGAACCUACACUGGCUAGGUUUCGCAUCUCGACCUUUGGCUACAAUGCCAGCUUCCGGGGUGCCGCCACUAACCUGACAAUUCUCGACUUCGCCAAAGAUCUUUUGAUGCAGCUGCUGGCGGCCAUCGAAGAUGACAGAGGCUCCCACGGUCCCAUCAUAUUUGUGGUGCACUCUAUGGGUGGUCUGGUGGUAAAGAAGGCUUAUACCCUCGGUAGGCAUGACGAUCGAUAUGCGGACCUGGUGGCAAGGGUCAGAGGAAUCCUCUUCCUAGCUACGCCACAUCGAGGCUCCCAAUACGCCAAGACUCUCAACAACAUCCUUGCGGCAACUCCGACAGGGACGACCAAGGCAUAUGUCUCAGGCCUGGACAUCAACUCGGAGACAAUACAGGACAUCAAUGAGAGCUUUCGUCAGCAUUGCGACGGGCUAUUACUGUGCUCUUUCUUUGAGACGCUCAAGACCAGUCUAGGUUUAACAAAAGCAAUGAUUGUGGAAAAGUCAUCCGCAGUAUUGGGGUUUCCCCUGGAAACAUCGGCGGGUAUGGACGCCGACCAUCAUACUAUUUGCAAGUUCAGGGACAGAUCAGACCCAAAUUUCAGAAAAGUCAAGAGUAUCCUCAAAACAUGGGCGGCAGAACUAACUACUAUUGGGCCUCCCUCAAUGGAAGCAGAUUUCUCAAACGAGCCUGAACACCCGAGUCAAGAAAACAUUGACCAAAGAAUUCGAGAUAUUUUUGGCAUCAGGGACCUUCCUCAACACAUCACUACACCUAUUGACGCCGAUAACAUCAGCUACACAUCCUCCGGAGGCUGGCUCUUUGAGAAAGAGGAAUUUAAACGAUGGGUGUCCUGCAGUACUGGCCAGGUGGUUGACUGUCGCCGAUUCCUGCUCGUCGGACUUCCUGGAACUGGGAAAACAGUGCUAUCUCGAUUAAGCGUCAGGAGACUGCAGUCAAUGGGGUUUGAUGUACAGCAUCAUUUCUUUGAACGCACGAACCAGUUCACGAGCACAAAGCAUUAUUGUCUUAGGGCACUUGCGGCACAAAUGGCCUUGUCUAUUCCAGAGUUCCGCGACGCGGUGUUGCGACUGGAAGACAAGACGGGCCAAUCUUUGAGCUCGCCAGCUGCCACUUUAGACUUUGAAGUACUAUGGGAGCGGUACUUUCAAGGCAUCCUAUUCAAGUUAAAGCUAUUAAGGCCUAUAUAUUGGGUCCUCGACAGCCUGGACGAAUCUGAUAGCCCCGGAAUCAUCCUUUCACUCAUCUCCUCAAUAUCUACACGGACGCCAAUCAAGGUUUUGAUGACCAGCAGGCCCCUCAAGGCAGCCCCUACGUGGGACCCGGCGAGGGGCACCACCUACUUCUUGGUGGCAUCCGAUACCGAGGCCGAUAUGGGAGCCUUUAUUACCAGGGCGGUGCAGAAUGUCGUGCCGGGAGACCCGCCGACACAGGCCUUUGUCAGAGACGAGAUACUCAAGAAGGCUCAUGGCUCUUUUCUCUGGGCACGGCUGGCUCUAGACCUGAUCCAAGACAGCUGGCAUAUAAAGACAGAUCUUUUAGUUGCACUGACAGAGGUCCCGGGGGGCAUGGCUGCAAUGUAUAAACACAUGCUCAAAAACGUCAAAACGCAGAACCCAAGGAAUAGCAGAUUAGCGAAGAGAGUACUGGAAUGGGUUACAUGCAGCGUGCGCACUCUCUUUGUAGACGAGAUGGCGGCGGCGCUGAGACCCGAAUUUGGCGAGUUUCUCAACCUGGCCGUGUCAAUGACGCAGAUCUGCGGCCACUUCAUCACUAUCGAACAGAUUCAAACACCGCCUGGAAAGCAGCGCAUCUCUUUGAUACAUACGACAGCUCGGGAGUUUCUGCUCAACGACAUGGGUCAGGAUGACAAUGGCUCGGGUUGGAUAGACGAGCAGCUUGCACACGAAACCAUUGGCAAGACAUGCCUUAGAUACCUGUGCGACGAGCAGUGGAAGUCAAGAUUUGCGUCUAUUCCGGUGACGACGGGUGAUGACCUGGUGAAAAUAUGUGGAGACUUCCCCCUUUUACGCUAUGCAGUCAACCACUGGGCCAAACACGUAUCAAAGUCCCCUGUGGACAGCCUGGAACUGCUAGAGGCCCUCGAGGUAUUCAUGCUCAACCACUGUCUAUCCUGGAUCGAGGCUCUUUCUCUCUCGGGUAACAUGAUACAGCUAGUUCAAACAGCAAAGCACCUCAAGAAGUUUGUUAAGAGAUCGACCCGUCAGCCCAGGUCAGAAUCGCGGCAGCUGAUCCGGUCGAUAGGCACUGAGUCUCGCAUUUCUUUGGCCUGGAUCCAACCUUGGGCGGUUGACUUCAUCCGCAUCGCGGGCAAGUUCGCCGCUAACCUGGUCAGCAGCCCCUCGGCGGUCUACCGCAAUGUGCCACCGAUGUGUCCCCGUGCAUCAAUGGUGGCCAAGGUCUACGGAGGACAGUGUGCCGGUGGGUCUAACUUCUCUUCCUUUCCGACGGCUCGCCUGGAUCUUAGACGUCUCUCUGUCAGUGGUAUUCGGUCUGAGACAUGGGACGACUGUCUAGCCAGCGUGCUAGUUGGCAAUGACGAGUUUGGCAACCAGGUGCUUGCCGCUGAAGGUCUCUUCUUCACGCUGGUUAGCAGCGCCGGCGUCGUCACUGCCUGGAAUGUUCAGACGUGCGAAAAGGUCCGCAGGUUCAAGCAUAACGAGUACGUCCCGAUGAUGGCGAUUGGUCGUCGAGGUCAGACUCUCGCAGUGGUGGGAUACAGCUGCUUUGUUGUGUGGGAUGUCGCCACCGGAGAGAAGCUUCACAAGAUACCCAAGGGAGCUGAUGCCGUCGUGCGCCAUCUGAGGUUUGGACCAGGAGAAGCCGAGAUCGUAGCUGCCUUUGACAACUGCACUGUCCAGAUCAUUCAAGUCGACGACGGUACCUCAGAAAUUUCUAAAAUGAGCCUCGCGGGCCUGGAUGCCAGUUAUCAGGGGUGCCCCUGGAGACAGGCCAUCAGCGCUGAUCUGAGCAAGGUCGGAAUGGCAUGGCGUGGGAGACCACCGAUUGUUUGGAACCUGAGCAACCUGACCAGAGCGCCUCUGCGCUGUCGAACCCGAGCGCUGCAGGAUCCCUUGCUGUAUCAAGAACAGCUGCUGUGGCAUCCAGACAAUAACCGACUCCUGAUUCUCUGCCAGGACACUUCACUCUGGGAGUGGUGGCUGCCGAGCGAUGACCUUGUAGAGUAUCCCAAUGUCAAAGCUAAGGACAUUUCGCUCUCUGAAGAUGGAUCCCUCCUUCUUACGGUAGAGUACACAGGUACAAUCAGCAUUUGGACUCUGCCCCAGCUGCACCUCGUGUACCGGCUAAGCUGCAGCCUCGGCGGCGACCCGUCCAUCGGUGUUGUCUUUAGCCCCGACAGCCAACGUUUUUACGACAUUCGAGGCUCAGUUUGUAACGUCUGGGGCCCGGAUGCUCUGGUGCGAUCCGAUGAGGACCCCGACAACGAUGACGCCACCAGCACAUCAGGCAGCUACGCGGUCACAGAGCCCGUGGUUAUAGCUACUCCGUCCGUUGAGAACGCAGCCAUCACUGCGCUCGCAAUUGGGCCCGAGGAUAAAUUCUUUGCCUGCGCCCGUGAGGACGGUUCCGUCGUGAUCCAUGAUGCCCUUGACGAGGGAAACUGGCUACGGAAGUUGCAUUCGCACCCCUUGCAUACCAACGUUGAUCUCUUGUCCUGGUCUCCAUCUGGAAAGUAUAUGAUCUCUGGUGACGACUCGGGGAAUGUAGUCUGCAAGCGCCUGCAGAUCAAGGAUCUGAAACCUCCCACACCCGAGAAGGAACGCACCCGCAAUGAGUCCCGAGGUUUUACUGGGAGAUGGGCUGUUUUCCCUGUGUUUGACUGUCGUCUUAGGGAGCCUGCAAGGGAGGUGCUGUUCAGCCCCGACGAGAGGCUACUUCUGGUGAGCACAGAUGACGCAGAACAUAUUUGGGAUUUGAAGGCCAAGCAGGAAGUCAUCCCACCGCUGGAACGGAAGGAAGGUCAAAAAAGGGGACACUGGGCGCUGCACCCCACAAACCCUGAUCGACUGCUUUGUCUGCAUGGCAAGGUUGUCCGAGAGCACGAUUGGAGCACUGGCCUUGAAGUAACAGCAUUGACUGAUCAGGUUCAGGGAGACUAUUCUCAUCGCGAGCAGUCGCAAUCAUCCGAUUUCUCUGACGCUCCUCUACAUCCUCAUGCGCCGUCCAUGCCAACCUCUCGCCAUUUUUCGCAAUUCCAAAAAUCGACAGAGAGCCAGGCGAUAGUCUGGUCCGCCUCUAUCGAUAACGGCAGGUUCAGAUUUGCAGCCCUGUCGACCAACGACAAUCCUUGGGCGGUAACAUCGCAUGCCGGACUGGAUCUUUAUCUUCUAGACACCUCAUGCAAAGCCGAACCUAAUAAUCCCAAAAGAUUGCCAGCUUUCGUAGGCGACCAGGUCAAGUUACUGCUCGGAUCGAACGGUAACAACCUUGUCUUUCUGGCCUUUGACGGCUGGAUACUAUCUUAUAACCCCAUCAGUUCGAUGACGGACGAGAUUGAAUCGUUUUGCAAUAGCUCGGAAACCAAUGGAAGUCCAACUCCAAAUCACUCUCAACUUGGACUGCGAAAGCACUUCUUCCUGCCCAAAGACUGGCUCAACACGACAACGGCACACAUUUCAAUGUUGGGAAAUGCACCUGAUGGAACUUUUUUCUGCCCAAAGCAAGGUGACGUUGCUAUCGUUAGAAAUGGGUUUCGACUAUAA